ACCACUUAUAUUCAAGUAAAGUAGAGGAACAUCACAAACAUUUGAGACUGAGCUGACCUAAAAGUGAAAAUGGCCUGCGGAGCAAUUUUGAGAAGGAAGCUUUUCUUGAAAUAUACAAGUAGUGCUGCUGGCUUCACCGGACUUGUGUCCAAGAAUUCGAGAAACACAAGUCAUUAUGCUUCUUCUGCAAAUACUACUACUACUGCACAACAACAGACUUCUAGCUCCAGUAACCCUUUUGUAGCUAUUCCUCGCGCUUUCAACACUGUCAUACAUAUGACCAGUAAUGAUUGGGCCAUCAAAUGGUCUCAGUGCAAAAUUGUGUUCUACACAAUUAUGGUGCGCUAUGAGUUGGGUGAAAAGCUAUUACGUGCUGAUGCCGCCAUCACUUAUAGGUUGAUAGUAAAGAUUACUCAAGGCAGAUGUUUGUCUAGAAGGGAGAGGCAACUACUUACGAGAGCCACGGCUGAUAUAUUCCGGCUUGUUCCGGGAUCUAUGUCCGUUGCUGUUCCUUCUAUACAGUUUCUGUUGCCCCUAAUCCUCAGAUUCUACCCCAACAUCUUGUCACCAAGCUUUCAAGACAAGAUUACUGGACAGGAACGGGUGAUGAGGCACCUGAAGGCAAGAACGGAGUAUGCCAAAUUUCUUCGGGAGACGGCUACUGAAAUGGACAAAGUAGCUCAAAACUCGUCAAAUGGACAUGUCAGACCACUCGCUGAGGACUUUAUCAGAUUUUGGGUUGAUAUUGGAGUAUGUAGACCUGUCUCCAAUGAGGAAAUUCUCCGCUUUGCUAAGUUGUUCACCGAUGAACAUACUUUGGAUCACAUUAGCAGGCCUGUCAUGGAGAAUAUGUGCAAGUUGAUGGGAAUCACACCAUUUGGAACGGAUGAAUAUAUGCGUUUUAUACUUUCGGAACAAUUGAAAUCGAUUAAAAAUGAUGACAAAUUGAUCCAAUCGAAAGGCGUGGAGGCACUCUCGGAAGCUGAAGUUCAUAAAGCUUGUAGAGAGCGAGGAAUCCAUGUGGCGGAAGAAAUGCAGCAACAGCUUCGCGAAUGGUUGGAUGUAUCACUUAUUCAUGAUGUACCAUCUUCACUUCUCAUCAUCUCCAGAUUCUUCACCGAGACCAAAAAGCUAAAGCCUGAAGAAGCUAUUGUAGCUGCAUUGUCUUCACUUCCGCGUGAUUUAAUUUAUAUGGUUGGUGUGGUAUACUUACCAUGCAAUGAUCCUAGGAUAGACAAGAGAAGAAAAAUUGCGGCUCUAAAAUUGCAAGAGAAAGUCAUCAAGGAAGAAGAAGAGAAAAAGCUACCGGAAAUGAAGCAAUCUAAUGCUAUUCAAGGUGAUGUGGCUCUGAAAGAGAUGAACGUAUCAAAACCAGAACAAGCUAGAGAAAGAGCCAUGGACAAACAGGAGCAACUCUUUGAACUCAUUACCGAUGCAACUACUGUGUUAACUUCUAUAGUAAAUGUGAGUACGGAGUGCGACAAGUUAUUGAGGGUAUUCAAUAAAGAGAUGAAUCUUUAUAGUAGUUAUCAGGGCAGCAAGGAUCCAGAGGGUGAAAGGGAAGCCAUAAAGGCAUAUAGAGCUUCCCAAGAGGAAAGUGGCAAAGACGUUGAAUUAGAUGUUAGUGAUAAUGUUUCAUCAGCACUGCUAAAUAGGGCUAAUGGUAUGCUCCGAAAACUCGGAAAAGAAACAGAUGGCAUGGCUGCAAAAAUUAGCUAUCGCUGGCGAGUUCUUGAGCGAUAUUGCGAUGGGAAAGUUAGUCUGGACGUGGUGGCAGCUGCAGCUUUCUUGAAGGAUGCUUUGGACAAGGAGGGAAUUGAAGAACUUAUCAGGAACCUUUCAAAAUACCACAAAGAAACAGUGAAGUUGGGUGUCAAGGUAGAAGAUAUCAAUCAGGGGCAGAACCAGCCCGGGGGCUCCGGUACCCUCUAGAUUAUUAGUAUAUUGGGAACUUUAUUUGUACUAUCAGCAAGAUCAACUUUAAAUUCUGCUGGUUGAGAUAUUGUUUUGAAUCUGAAAAUGUUUUCUAUGAAAUUCUGCUUGAAUACAAUUAUUGUCCAAGCACACGCAUGUACACGUGCUUAGGCAGGCAUAAACAUGAGAAGUCUUUUUGUAUGUGAACGAAGUAUCUCUGAAUUUGUCUCAUGAAAUGGAGACAGAGCUUGUAGUUGUGUUAUUUUCGAAAAAAGAGGAACGUUAUUGUACUUGGCAUCUUAUGAAGAAAUAUUGAU